GUAAUCAUCAUCACCAUGUGGGUUGAGAAUGAGUUGCAUCCAGGAGAGAUCAUUCUCCAGAGCUACUCAGUGCCUACAAAUGAGAAAGUGUACAGAAUGUAUCAUGGUACCUCUCAUCAGGCUGCGGAACAAAUCAUGAAAAUCGGCUUUAAACAGUCUUCAGGUGGCAUGUUAGGGCGUGGUGUGUACCUCAGUCGGGAUCUUAAAAAGGCCAGUAGAUACCCUUUGAAUCUGCCUGAGGACAAGAGAGUUGUUAUAGUUGUGAAAGUCAGUGUUGGGAAAGUGAAGAAAAUUGAUAAACAAGGUCACCCACUGCAGAAAACCUGGCAUGAUCAUGAUUACGACACUGCUUGGUGUCCUCCUGGAUGUGGCAUGGUUUCAAGUGGUCUGGAAGAAGAUUGUGUUUGGGAUCCAAAACGUAUUGAGAUCAUUGAUAUAAUUCGUCCAAGAACAACAUCAGGAUCAUGGUUUGACUGCAAAUUGUUGACCUCUGUAAUCAUCAUCACCAUGUGGGCUGAGAAUGAUUUGCAUCCAGGAGUACCCUGUCUUGAGAGCUACUCAGUGCCUAUUGAUGGGAAAGUGUACCGAAUGUAUCAUGGUACCUCUCGUCAGGCUGCUGCCCAAAUCAUGAAUACCGGCUUUAAACAGUCUUCAGGUGGCAUGUUAGGGCGUGGUGUGUACCUCAGUCGGGAUCUUAAUAAGGCCAGUAGAUACCCUUUGGAGCUGCCGGAGGUCCAGAGAGUUGUUAUAGUUGUGAAAGUCAGUGUUGGGAAAGUGAAGAAAAUUGAUAAACAAGGUCACCCACUGCAGAAAACCUGGCAUGAUCAUGGCUACGACACUGCUUGGUGUCCUCCUGGAUGUGGCAUGGUUCGAAGCGGUCUGGAAGAAGAUUGUGUGUGGGAUCCAAGACGUAUUGAGAUCAUUGAUAUAAUUCCAUCUUCUACUUCUAAUCUUGUUCCACAAGACCUCGAAUGCACCAUCAUGUGGGCUGAAUAUGAUUUGGGUCCAGGAAUUCCCUGUCUCGCGAGCUGGACAGAACCUACUGAUGGGAAAGUGUACCGAAUGUAUCAUGGUACCUCUAAAUAUGCUGCUGUCAAUAUCAUGAAAAAUGGCUUUAAUCAAUCUGCAGGCGGCAUGUUAGGGCGUGGUGUGUACCUCAGUCGGGAUCUUAAUAAGGCCAGUAGAUACCCUUUGGAGCUGCCUGAGCAUGAGAGAGUUGUUAUAAGGGUGAGAGUCAAUGUUGGGAGAGUGAAGAAAAUCGAUUAUCAAGGUCACCCACUGCAGAAAACCUGGCAUGAUCAUGGCUACGACACUGCUUGGUGUCCUCCUGGAUGUGGCAUGGUUCCGAGUGGCCUGGAAGAAGAUUGUGUUUGGGAUCCAAGUCGUAUUAAAAUUAUCGAUGUCAUUUGUCCAAGAUCAACAGCAGGAGCAUUCUAUGACUUCUAAAUUGCUAUGAAAAUUAUACAGUUGUAGAGAAAUUGUAACUGUACACUGUACAUCAAUAAAAGAACUGAACUUUUA